AUGGUUAAAGUCGUGAAUGGUUGGAGGGGGUUGGACCUUUGGUCGCUCGCCGCGCAGUGCGCCAACCCGUACGAGCUCCUUGCUGACGUGGCAUCGCUAAACCCCAACCCCGUUGCGGCAGCAUCGACCUCCGCGUUGGCCUCUGGAAUCUUGCCCUUCCCCAUCUCCACCUCCCCCCAACCCAGUUGCGCUUCCCCGCAACCCUCAAGCGCUUCCCCCCAACCCAUAAGCGCGUUCCCUCACGCCUCCGCCGCCCCGCGCGCCAUAAGCCGCGCGUUCUUCAAAAUGGUCGAAAUGACGCGCCUUUUCCGCCUGCUGGGGGGAGCCGAAGGCGGAAGCGCUUCCCCGGAUCUGCCCCGAAAGGUUUCCGCUUCCCCCGUUUCCCCUCCCCGGCCCCUCCCGCUUGUCUCCGCGCACCUGUGUGAGGGGCCUGGGGGGUUCAUUCAAGCGGUGCAGCUGCUGCUGGCGGAACAGGCCGGGGGGAGAGGGGGGGUAGUGGCGAAAGGCGGAAAGGGAGGGAAAGGGGGAGGUGGAGGGGUAGGGGGAGCUGAUGUGGGAGCGGAGGUGGCGGGUCGUGGUUUGCAGCACCUGUGGUUCGGAAUCACUCUCCGAGGCAAGGCAGCUGUAGGCUCGGCAGCUGUAGGCUCGGCUGCUGUUGGCUCGAUUGUUGGUUCGCCGCCUAUUGGUUCGGUUGCGGGUUCGAAAAUUUGUGUGGGGCUGGGUACUGGGUCUGGUGUGAGUGCCGGUGAGGAGGGGAGGAAGAGGGAGAAGAAGCGGUCCAAGCAACAGCAGGUGACAGGGGAGGUGCAGCAGCAGCGAUCUCCUCUGCGCCCUGUCAACCUGCAACCCCCUUUGCUGCCUGCUGCUGCCGUUGCUCCCACCACCGCCUUGCCCGCACCUCACCUUGCGCCCCACCCUGCCGCCCACCCUGCCGCCCACCCUGCCGCCCACCCUGCCGCCCACCCUGCCGCCCACCCUGCCGCCCACCCUGCCGCACACCCUGCACCCCACUCUUUUCCCCAAACUGUCCUGCACCCUGCCCCCUCUGCCGCCUCUGGGCAUGCACCUGACUUUGUGCUGUGCCUGCUGGGAAGGCGGAGAGGUGGGCAGGGAGGACGGUGUGUGGAAGCACGGGGAGAGCAGAUAAGUAAUGGUGGUGCGGGUAUCCUAGGCAAGUAUGGUGGUACAGAGAAGGACGGGGGAUGCAGUGGUGAUGGCUUAAAGGAGGUGGAAGAGGAGAGAGAGGAGGGAGAGGAGGGAGAGAAAGAGGAGAAGGAGCGCUGUGCCCUCUGCAGUCCUCCGCACAGCUCUGCCUCGUUACAGUUACCUUCGUUACAGUCACACCCUGAUCAGCUGCUUCCACGAUCGAUCGUGUCAACCCCCAUCAGCUUCCAGGCAGCUUCCUUCCUGUCCCACGGCCAUGUGCUGUAUGGGAUGGACGGCACAGGAGACCUGACACGUCAUGCCAACGUGGCAGCCUUCGCUGCUGACGUCAUCAGGGGCAGCCACGUGGACGCAGGUUUGAACAGUUCAGCAGACUGCCAGGCUGGCAAGUCAGCGAUGGAGGGAGAGGGGGCAAUGGAGGGAGGGGCGGCAGUGGUGACAGCGGACGGGGGGUUGGACAGUUCAGUGGAUUGGGAUCGACAGGAGGCCAUGCACGCCCGCCUUAUCUUUUGCCAAGUGCAUGCUGCACUCAAGAUGCUGGCGCCAGGAGGAACGUUCGUGCUCAAGCUGCUGGGCGGAUCGCUGCUCUCAACAGCGUCUCUCCUCGCCCUGCUCGCCCUCUCCUUCAGCUCCAUCCAUCUCGUCCGCCUGCGCUCCUCCCGAGCCUGCAACGCCGAACGUUACGUGGUGGCUCGGGGAUUCAAGGGGAGAAAUGCAAAUUCUACAGCCUCCCCCAUUUCCUCCACCACCCCAUCUCCUGCGCCCACCUCUCCCUCCUCCCCCUCUCUCUCCCACAUUCUCCUCGACUUUAACCGCAUAUCACUCCAGUGGGAAUCCCUCCCUCCUCCCCUCUCCCCGCUCCUCGCCCCCGCCCUCACUCUCCCCCUCUCCGACUCCUUCCUCCGCGCCCUCCUCUCCUUCGAGGCAUGCAUGCAGCAGCAGCAGGCGCAGGCCAUGGGGCGCGCGCUGCUGAUAGGGGAGCAGCUUGUAGAGGGGAUACCGAGAGGGCCGGCGAGGAAGAGCAAGUGUUACAGGAAGAGGAGGGUGCUGUGGAGGGAGGAGGAGGAGAUGAGGAGGAGAGGGUGUGUGCUGGCCAAGGGGCUUGGAUUGGGAGUGAAAGAGGGCAUGGCGUGGGUUUGA